CGUGAGUAGUUGUAGAUUCUUCCUUUGUCGCAUCAUGGCUGCUGGAUCCCCUGUGAAUGCCACCGAGCUUCUUGACUUGGUGAACCCAUCAGUUUCGGCCGAUGAGCCGUUGGAUGCUCGCGACAUUGAAUUGGUGCAGACCACUUUCAAGAAGGUGGCGGAAGUGGGUCCUGAAGCAGCAGGCCGCAUCCUCUUUGGCCACAUCUUCCGGAUUGCACCCGAAGCCAAAGCACUUUUCUCCUUUGCCAAAGACGAGGAGACAAUGUGGUUGCCGGGAAGCAGACUGGAGAAGCAUGGCGCAAGGGUUGUGAACACGGUUGCCACUGCAGUGUCCAUGUUGAACGACCUUGAGGCACUCGUCCCUGUCUUGCAGCGUUUAGGCCUGCAGCACGUGGGAUACAAGGUCUUGCCACCUCACUAUGAUGUGGUGGGCCAAGCAUUCAUCGCAACCCUUGACGAUGCCUUGCAAACCGAGUUCACUGAAGCUGUGAAGAACGCCUAUCUGAAGGUGUGGAAGAUUGUGCAGGCCACCAUGAUUGGAGACAAUUAUGCCUAAGUGAGCCUGAGCGACUUAGUGACUCUCAAACUCUCAGACUCUCGUUUCUUUACGCUUGAGUUUCUCCUGUUGUUGGAGACAGAAAGCGGAUGCCAAGGUUUUUGGGCCUUGGUUUUAGUAUCUAAGACCUUGUAUUGCUUGGAUCUUUGGGGCGAUGCGUAGCCAACAGACCUUGUCUUGCUUCUUGGAUCUUUGGAUUCUUUGGAGCGAUGUGUAGCCAUCAGCUUCCUGCAGUCAUUUGCGGAGAGACGCAAUGCC